AUGAGCCAGAGCGUCCUCUCGCUACGGCGGGCGGCUCAGCGCAGACUGGAGGUGCACGGCGGCGUCCAGAGCGGCAGGGGAGCGCCACUCACGGGCGCGGACCGAAAAGGGAACACCAGGAGGCCACCACCGCAGAUAGAGACGGCCAGAGCGGGCGCGGACGGAAUAGAGAACGUCCAAAGUGGCAGGGGAGCGCCACUCACGGGCGCGUACCGAAAAGUAGCCUUCCUGGAGACGAGGAAAAACAAAAGGUUGCUCCAGGCAGCUGAGGAGGGGGCACUGCAGGAGAUGCAGGUACUGCUUGCAGCAGGGGCAGACGCUGAAGCGAAGGACACAGUGUGCAUCAGUGGCCUGCACAGGGCAGCAAGGGAGAGACCCAUAGAGCCAGUGAGGUGUCUAGUGGAUGCUCGAGCAGUAGUUGAUUCUAGGACCAACUUACAGAAUACACCUCUGCACUUGGCAGCAUGGAAAGAGCAAGCAGCUGUGGUCCGGCUACUGGCGGCAUUGUCUGCUGACCCCAAUGCUAGGAAUCAGUGGGGGAUGACACCACUGCACAGGGCAGCACUCGAUGGCCAUGUGGGGGCGACAGCAGCACUGCUGGCUGUGGGAGCCAGCCCAGAGGCCAGGGAUGACAUUGGUGCCACCCCUCGUCAUCUCGCCAGGAAAGAGAACCACCAGGAUAUCGUAGAGUUGUUAACUUGA